AUGGUCUGGGCUCAUAAUAUGUCUUUCCCAGCUGUGACUUUCUGCAACAAGAAUGUCUUCCGAGUGUCCAGUUUGACCAGAGAGGACUUGUACCACAGCGGGUAUUGGAUGGACCUGCUGUAUCCGAACCACACAGUGAUGGAGAGGAGUUUGGCGAUACUUAAGGACAGCCACAAGAAAGGACUGGUGAACCUAUUGGAUUUUAAUAAGUACUCUCCUCCCACGGGAUACCGAGUCAACACCACAGAAAUGAUGGGUCGCCUGGGUCACCAGCUGGAGGACAUGCUGCUGGAGUGCAAGUUUAGAGGAGAGACGUGCACACACAAGAACUUCACACCAAUUUACACGAGAUACGGGAAAUGCUACACAUUCAACUCAGGACAGGACGGGAACCCGCUGCUGACAACGUUAAAGGGCGGGACAGGAAACGGUCUGGAGAUCAUGUUGGACAUCCAGCAGGACGAGUACCUGCCUGUGUGGGGAGAGACAGAUGAGACGUCGUACGAAGCAGGCAUCAAGGUUCAGAUUCACAGCCAGGAUGAGCCGCCCUUCAUUGACCAACUGGGGUUCGGAGUGGCCCCUGGGUUUCAAACUUUUGUCUCUUGUCAACAGCAACUGGUAUCCGCCUCCAGCCGCCAACUUACUUCAUUCUGCGCUGAUGAGACGUCAUAUGAGGCCGGGAUAAAGGUCCAGCUGCACUCUCAGUCUGAGCCGGCCUUCCUCCACGAGCUGGGCUUUGGAGUGGCCCCGGGCUUCCAAACAUUUGUCUCCACCCAAGAGCAGAGGCUGCUGUACCUCCCGCCGCCCUGGGGGGACUGUAAGUCGACCCCCAUAGACUCCGAGUUCUUCACCACCUACAGCAUCACAGGGUGUCGCAUCGACUGUGAGACCCGCUACCUGCUAGAGAACUGCAACUGCAGGAUGGUGCACAUGCCGGGUACAUCCACAGUGUGCACUCCGGAGCAGUACAAGGACUGUGCCGACCCUGCUUUAGACUUUUUGGUUGAGAAAGACAACGAUUACUGUGUGUGUGAGACGCCCUGCAACAUGACCCGCUAUGGCAAGGAGCUGUCCAUGGUAAAGAUCCCCAGUAAGGCGUCCGCUAAAUAUCUGGCUAAGAAAUUCAACAAAACUGAGCAGUACAUUGGAGAUAAUAUACUAGUCCUGGACAUCUUCUUUGAGGCGCUGAAUUAUGAGAAGAUUGAGCAGAAGAAAGCCUAUGAAAUUGCAGGGCUUCUCGGGGACAUCGGAGGGCAAAUGGGACUCUUCAUCGGAGCCAGUGUGCUGACGAUUCUGGAGAUAUUUGAUUACUUGUAUGAGGUGUUCAAGGAUAAGCUCCUGGGCUCGGUUCUGCGGAAGAAGCGUCCACAGCGUUGUCAGAGUGACAAUCUGAGCACCUGCGACACACUCCGGAGUCACUCGGACAGUCUCGGAUUCACGCCGAACAUGUUACCUCGUCACCCGACUCUAGGCAACUUCGAGGAGUUCGCUUGUUGA